GGGAAUAUCAGAUUGUACCGUUUGGGGACUGUGACGUGGUGAUUGGUCACUUGAAGUUCGUGUUCAAAAAAAAAAAUCUGCUAAGUUAACGCUAACUAUAUUGUGAUUAGGUUGCUGCAUGUGUGUUAUACAUACCUACGAGUUUUAUUUUAAUGUGGAAUAAGAAAUUUUUCUGACUGUUUUGCCUGGAAUUUGACGGUUUGCGGUGGUUUUAGCUGACCAUUUAGGAUUGUGUAACUGACACAUCUCCGACCCGGCGGCAACAUGAAGCUCUACAGUCUCAGCAUCCUCUACAAGGGAGCGACCAAAGCUAAUCUUCUCAAAGCGGCCUACGACUUGUCUUCCUUCAGCUUCUUUCAGCGCGCCAGUGUUCAGGAGUUCAUGACCUUCACCAGUGCCUUGAUUGUUGAACGAACAUCUCAAGGAACCCGUGCCUCUGUCAAAGAACAAGAGUACCUGUGCCAUGUGUAUGUGAGAAAUGACAAUUUGGGUGCUGUGGUCAUUGCAGAUAAUGAAUACCCACAGAGAGUCUGUUUCACAUUGCUUGACAAGGUAUUAGAGGAGUUCUCUAGGCAAGUGGACAGGAUAGACUGGCCCUCUGGUAAUCCUACAACCAUUAACUACAAAGCCCUGGACAUUCAUCUCUCUAAAUACCAGAACCCCAGGGAAGCUGAUGCAAUGACCAAAGUGCAGGCAGAGCUGGAUGAGACAAAGAUCAUUUUGCACAACACCAUGGAAAGUCUGUUGGAAAGGGGAGAGAAACUGGAUGAUCUUGUGGCAAAGUCAGAGCAUCUGGGAAACCAGUCUAAAGCCUUCUACAAGACUGCACGGAAGCAGAACUCUUGCUGUGAAAUCAUGUGAUGUCGCUGCCUUGUCCUUCUUGGACAUGCCUCUCUAUCGCUGCCUUUCUGCUUUUCCUACAACUCCCAUCAUGCACCUCCCACCAGCUCCUAACAAAGACAGUGCAGACGCUGUCCAAGAUGGGACAACCAGGAAAAGAGCAAGAAAGGGUGGCCAGUCUUAAGUGUGGGACUGAUGGGGGCUGAAGGAGUGAUGAGGUUUGGUCAGGGGGAAAAAAGUAACACAUGAAUUAUUUUUAACCAUUCAAAAGGUAAACAUCUGUGUGGUGUUUCAAUACCAGUUGGAGACAUUAAUAGUGUGACGUCAUGUAUUGGUGAUGUGUCGUUGAAAUGUCUUCAAACCAUUUAAUGUUAUUCAGAUUGAAUCAGAUCUUAAUAGUUUGAUCUCCACUCUUAAAAUUUGAAGAAGCAUUAACCGCGGUUGUGCUGCUGCUUCAUGGCAACUUUGACAAUCUCACAGUCUUAUCUCUGUUCAGUGUGUCACCAUUGCAGUUCAGCUCUUCAAAAUUGGCAGGCACCUUUUGUGCCCACAAGGUGGCCCUGCUCAUUCACUUUAUGGUUUCAUGAGCCUCAGAGCUGAGGUCAAUAGAAAUACUCUAAUGUGAGCCAAGACAGCAGGUGGCUGCUUGGACGUGAUAACUACUUAGAGAUUUUUAAACAUCUCUGCUAAACUGGAUUCGGUUACACAACCUCUUUGCUGUUGAGAUCUUCAACAUUCCCACUUUGGAUGAUGGUGUUAUUAGGUGAUGAUGCAAAUGCUUAAAGCUGGUGAGAAGUUGGAGAUCAGCUGUAAAAUGUAUAAUGAUGUUUGCCGUAUAUGCAGCCUUAUUGCAGUGUGGCUAACAAGAAACCCCGCAGUCCUGUUAGCGCUCAUUUACAGCGUGUACCAUAGCCAUGCUUUCCACACUGAUAUCCCACACACACGACACUUAAUCAGGUUUUUCUGUUUUCUGCUUUACUUCCAUCUGUAAUCCCUCUGGGAUCGCUGGCAUUUUACCACCACUUAUUUUGACUAUGGCAGUUCUGGGGAACCUCAGGCGCUGUCGCACUUUCUGACCUGUUAUUGUGUGCUCAUCAAGAUUCUACUAAAAGGUGUUUGAAGACUGAACAAACAAAUGUUGACUAAUAUCUCAGACCCCAUUGACCGUAACACACUCCAUGACUAACGCUGUUUUACUGGGAGUGCUUUUUUUUUUUUUUUUUUUUCCUCUUUGGUGGUAGGGGUAGAAAGUUCAUUCUUCAGGAAGAUAUGCCUUUGGUUGUGCAUUUUAGAUGUUUCUCCAUGCUCUAUCUGCUGUGUGUGUGAGUGAUUUUUGUGAAAUACACCAUCCAGCUGAAGGCUGUAUUAAUGCUGAGUGCCUGUGUGUGUGUGUGUGUGUGUGUGUGUGUGUGUGUGUGUGUGGUGUGUGUGUGUAUGGUCUGAGGUUUGUAUGAUCUGAAUUUGCUCUUUCUGCUUUUACAGUGUAAUCUUUUGUGCAAUAUCUGCAGACUGUUUGUGUGACUCUCUUUAAGGGAGAGAGGAACAAAAGAAAUAUUUGUCAUAAAGGACAGUGAAUUGAUCUUUGUAUAUACUAUUAUGACUAACUUCCAUAUGGAGCUUGUCCAGGGUUGUUUCUAACACAUUUGUUGAAUUUCUUAUCUCAUAAUUUUCCAAUUAAUAUGCUGAAUUUGACCAUCUGUCUGAUCUGUGGAGUUAUGCUGUAGCUAUUUGCGGGUCAGGUGUUACUCUGAUCAAUGUGUUAAACAGUCUGCAUUAAACAUUUCGAUCCAGAUGUGGUCUUCAAAUUUAAAACAAAGACUUUUGAGAAUAAACAAAUUUUCUGUCUGUA